AUUCAAAUUUAGGUAAUUUAUGAUCGGAAGCCGGCUGACAGGCGUAGGCCGGAUCCCGGGAAGUUACUAUUAUACGUUUACAAGCCAAAGGCGAAAACGCUGACAUUGUUACGAGAUUACCUCAAUUUGGUAUCGACUACCUUAGUAUGAAGGGCAUCGUAAAUAUAUUUGAACAAGUGUAAAUUCGUGAACGAAAGCCUUGUUCUUCUAUAUCUUGGAAUCGUCAACCGAAUAUCCAUUGGCGGUUUCUGGCGUGCCUAUUCCAUUUCGGAACCAUGUCAUUCGAUUUUGUACCUAGUCAAGCCAUCACAAAAGAUGUUGAUCUUUAUGCCGAAAUUACCUCGAACUCUACUUUGGAUGUUUUCUCUAAAGUAUUGGAUUCUCAGGCACUAGCUAGACCGGGAAUUCGCAUCCAUGACAACGGAUGCGGAGCUGGUGAAGUCACCUCUGUGAUUAUGAGUUCCCCCCAUUCCCCCGAUAUAUUCAUCGAAGCCACCGACAUCGAUGAAUCUUACCUACAGCGGCUCCGGGGCCAUGCCCUCCAGAACAAGUGGCCCGUAAAUGUCACCGCCAUGAAGGCCGAAGAUCUUACAUUCGCAAGCGAGAGCUUCGAUAUCUCGGUCGCGAACUUUCUGCUCUUUAUGACACAAGAUGAUGGGGUUACGGCACUUCGACACAUGCAUAGGACGCUGAAGGAGGGCGGCGCUGCAAUCUUUACGUCCUGGGCUCACCUGCCACACAGUGAGACGGUCAAGGCCGCACACCUCGCAACCCGGGGCGUUGAUGCACCCCCGCUGCGAGAGUACCCACCGCAGUGGCAACUGGGGUCGCAUAUGGGGAACAUCGCUGCUCUCUCGGGAUUUGAGAAUGAGAAGAUCGAGCAGAAGUCAGUGAAGGUAUACAUCAACGUGGAGGACACAGAGCGCCUGGCACAGGUCAUGUGGAGUUUCCUUGGACGCCCGGCUUCGGGAUGGCUAGAAUCAGAUGAAGAGAACUGGGACAGGGCAAUAGAGACCAUCCGGAAGAGUUUCCUCGAAGACAAAGGGUAUACGAUGUCAGAGUCUGGUCAGCUGAAGAUUGAGCUAGUAGCUAACGCUAUUAUCGCCCGUAAAUAGUCCCGUAAAUAGUCACAUGCAAAUUCCGACUAUUCUCCCUGCAA